AUGAGCGCGUUCCGGUCCAAGUUCCUGUACCCGGCCAAGGUGAACUGGUUCCCGGGCCACAUGGCUCUUGCGCGCCGCGCGAUGGUGUCUCAAAUGGACGCGGUCGACGUCCUGAUCGAGGUGCGCGACGCUCGAAUUCCGUGGAGCUCGGCCAAUCCCGUCCUGGAGGAGGCGUUCGGCAAGUCCAAGCCCCGGCUCGUGGUCUUCAACAAGAGCGACCUGGCCAACUCCAACAUGCAGCAACGCGUGGAGCAGCAGUGCAAGCAGCAGCUCGGGACGGCCACCGACUGCCUGUUCACGUCCGUGACCAAGGGCAAGCGGCUGCAGGCCAUCCUGCAGUGGUGCAACAAGCACAGCGGCGCGCAGUUCAAGAGCACGGCCGGGUCCAUGGUCAUGGUGGUGGGGAUCCCCAACGUGGGCAAAAGUUCGCUGAUUAAUGAGUUCCGACGACUGUCCAACAACCAGAAGAUGGCCAAGGGCAGGAAGAGAGCCACCGUAGGCCCGACCCCCGGUGUCACGGUCCGCAACGACAUUAUCAAGGUGCGUUCAGGGGUGGUGAACGACAAGCCGGCGGUGUAUGUGGUGGACACUCCUGGUGUGAUGCUGCCCAACAUCCCGUCGGCUGAGACGGGAAUGCGGCUGGCCCUUACGGGCGCGAUCAAGGACGAGGUCGUGGGCACCGAGUUGAUCGCAGACUACAUGCUCUUCCUGCUGAACCAGAUGAAAUCGACGCGGUAUGUGGAUGCGCUGAAGCUUCCGCGCCCGACGGACGAUAUUGACGAGCUAUUUGGGCUCGUCUACAAGCGCUGCGGAGCGCUCGGCAAGGAACCGGACGUGCAGAACAAACUGGCGGCGCAGUUCUUGCUGCAGGAGUUCCGUCACGGAGCGUUCGGCAACUUCACGCUCGACCCCAUUGAGACGCCUGCUAAAGUCGUAAUGCCUGCAGCUCCUUCGUCGUAA